AGAGAGCAAUCAUCUUCUCACCACUCGCCACAAGCCUCGAAUGUGAUCUCAUUAACCACAAUUUCAUGCACAGGGACCCCAAAACGGUGAAAAACUCAAAAGAGCACAGUGGCAACAUCGUUCUUACCCACCCUACAGAUUCGAUUGAUUCAGUCCUACCCUAAUAAGGCAAUAGACCGAGUUAGUCAACACGGAGACAAUGAGCGGUUUGCUUACCAAUCACUUGAAUGGCGGGAAAUGGAGUCAGGAGGAGGAAGCCUAUGCGGAGGCGCUGAUCCUAGCCUUCAAAGCGGGAGAGAUUCCUGUUGGGGACAUUGAAGAAGGAACAAGUCUAAGGAAGUUUCUUGCUGAGAAGCUCCUUUGUUCUCCCAAGCGAGUGUCAAAGAAGUACGAAGGAACCAACUACAAUGGCAAGCAAGUUUACAUGAAGAAGACUGGGGUAUCACCAACCUCACCAACUGCCAUUGCGACGAAGGCCAGGCUGGAAGUACUGGAACGCAAGUUUCGAGAUGCCUUAGCUACGAUGCAAAAGACGGGUUCCAUUGCAAACAAGAUGGCUCAGGCUGACCCACUCCUGGAUUCCUACUCUGGUGGCAGCGGCUUCGCUGGCGUGAGAGGCUUGACGGCUUCAACGUUGCCUCCUGUAUCUUCUGCUUCGCUACUCUUUCCUCAGGUUCGGUCAACCUUUCUUGGAGGCACCAGCAGCCUGGAAUUGGCUGCCAUGCAGAGGUUCCGCUUGGACAACGCCUUUCUGCUGGGAUCAUCGUUCCCAAAUAAUCUCACGACCCUUCCCGCCGUCCGACCCCCUGCUGCUGCAUUUUCAAGCUAUGCGAGUGCCAGUGGUGGCUUGCUGGAUGCUACUAAGUUACAAACCUUGGCAGCCCUUCGCAACGCAUCGUUGGGGUCUCUACAAAUUGGAGGAUUUGGUGCUGCAACCACACCAGACACGUUCUUGAUGGAUACGAUUCUAGCCAACGCUGGUCGACUCAAACGAAGCCUUGGUGACGAGAGCACGACCGCUCCUACUGCUACUACUACUACUAGGGAGGUGAAGCGACCCAGGCACGACCCUUAGGUUUCCGUCGUCGUUGGUCUUAUCUUUGAUGACCUCGGGUUGCUGAGACCACCGCGAACUCCAUCCUGCCUUCCUCUGCUGCACUAGUACCUCUUGGAAUGGUUUGCUUUACAAAACUAAUUUACACAAAACUGCGUAACCUAAAAACCUCCUUCCUUUUACAUACCUUAGAUCUGGCUACUACUGGAGUAUGAUAGCUAAACAUGCAACCAAACUUCCACCGAGUUUUGGAGACCUAAUGCUGGCCAGGGAGGGAGCAACCUCUAUUAUCUAU